GCACGUUCUUGACUGAGAAUUUUUCCCAAUCAAAUGAUUAAUAUCCCAAUCCUGCCUCCCCCAUACUUUCGUCGCUUGUGCUUUAUCUUUAUUUUUUUUUAUCAUAAUAUUAAUUGAUUUCCUGUCUUUUUGCUUUUGUAUACAUGGGUCGUUAGAAAAUUAAAUAAUCUAUUUUAUAAACAAAGAAACUAGUGUGUCAGGUUGUUAUUUUGGUGGUAGUUGGCUAUCUUUAAUUUCAUAAUGUAAAUUACAACGGCUGAUUUGUCAUUCAAAUUCUAAUUUUCUUAAAAAAUAAUAUAUAGAAAAUUAAAGUGGGGUGAGUGUAAAUGAUAAGGUGUUGUUUGGUGUACCAUUUAUCUGGCAUUAAAAUUUUAAAACACAGAGAAAACAUUACAAAAUAAAAAGGAAAAAAAAAAUACAAACAUUUUAUCAUUCUUCUUUCAUCAAUCUCUCAUUUGAGUUUCAGGGUGUUUUUCUAGAGUUAGGUGAAAGGUUUGUAUCUUGAUUCUUGGUAAUGGCUGAGAUUUGAGGAAGAAGAAGAAGACUUUCAUUUGUUUUUUUUGUGAGUUUGCGGCGGGAGAUGAGCGCUUCGAGGUUCAUAAAGUGUGUCACAGUCGGCGAUGGUGCCGUCGGAAAAACAUGUAUGCUGAUCUCUUACACUAGCAACACUUUUCCUACGGACUAUGUACCAACUGUUUUCGACAACUUCAGUGCUAAUGUGGUUGUAGAUGGGAACACUGUGAAUCUUGGCUUGUGGGAUACAGCUGGUCAAGAAGACUAUAACAGAUUAAGACCAUUGAGUUACCGUGGUGCAGAUGUCUUCAUUCUUGCUUUCUCGCUUAUUAGCAAAGCUAGCUACGAGAACAUAGCCAAAAAGUGGAUUCCUGAGCUCAGGCAUUAUGCACCUGGAGUUCCUAUUAUCCUCGUUGGAACAAAACUCGAUCUUCGAGAUGACAAGCAGUUCUUCAUAGACCAUCCUGGCGCAGUGCCGAUUACUACAAACCAGGGAGAAGAACUAAGGAAACUGAUAGGUUCUCCGGUUUACAUUGAAUGUAGUUCAAAGACGCAGCAGAACGUUAAAGCAGUCUUUGACGCAGCUAUAAAAAUGGUGCUUCAGCCACCGAAUCAAAAGAAGAAGAAACUGAACAAGAGUCUUUGUGUUUUACUGUGACCUCUUCUUUUUUU